AUGAAGAUCAUAUACUGGAAUAUCAGGGGCUUAAGAAGAACAAAAGCCACUGAUAAAAUAAGAAGUUUAGUUUAUACUUUUGGACCUUCAUUACUUUGGUUAGCUGAACCAAAAAUUAGUGUGAGAAAAGAUACUAUUAAAAAGUUGAGAUUAUCUGGAAUGAAGCAUUUGGUUAUUCAUAAUUCUUCUGAAAGUGGUGGAUCCUUAAUUACUGGUGUUCAUGCUACUUCUCUUGCAGUUGAUAAAAGAUUUUUGUGGGACAAGAUGCUGGAAAUUAACAAUCAAGACAAACCAUGGUUGGUCAUUGGUGAUUUUAAUGCUGUGUUGAGCAUUGAGGAAAAGAAAGGAGGUAGAAGUCCAUUAAAAAUGGCAAUGUUGGAAUUCAAUAAAUGUAUUCAAAUUUGUGGGCUUAUUCAAGCCCCCAAAACAGGUUUAGAGUUUUCUUGGUGCAAUAAUAGAGCUGGAGCUAAAAGAAUUGUAUGUAAUUUAGAUAGAGCUUUCUACAAUAUUAAAUGGUUGGAUUUAUAUCCUAGCUGGGGCUAUAAAGUUGGUCCAAGAGGGUUAUCUGAUCAUGGUGUUCUUUAUGGAGCAGAUGCUUCAAUUCCCAAGCCAUUAAAUGUACCCUUAAGAGCUUUUAAAGUUUGGAUGGAACAUGAAGGUUUUGUGAAAUUGGUGGAAGAUUACUGGCAAAAUAAGAAACUCAAAAAAGUUGAGGAUGCAGUCUUGAAAGCUGCUUUGGAUUCAGAUAGAAUACCAGAAGACAUUGCAUUGUUGGAUAAAUUAGUAACAACUAGAGGGGAACAAGAAUUAUUAAAUCACCAAAAUAAUGAAAUGGUGAAACAAAAGUCAAGAGUUAAAUGGAUGAAAUAA